AUGGUCUACCAAGGACAGAAUGUGGACACGCCGGAGAAAAGGGCGUACUAUCGCCAUCCAACAGAAGGUGAACGCUAUUAUCUAACAUUGUUGUUAAUGAAUGUUAAAGGACCAAAAUCAUGCAAAGAUUUAGGAAUUUUUAAUGGAGAAACAUGUAGUACCUUCAGAGAAUUUGUUGAAAAACUAGAUCUUCUACAUUGUGAUAACAAUUUGAUUGAAUAUACGUUAGAAGCAACAAAUUAUCAAAUGUCACAUAAUUUAAGAUGUUUGUUUGCUACAUUAUUAGUGUAUUGCAAUCCAGUGAACCCAAGAGAAUUGUGGGAACAAUUUGAACAAGCCAUGUCUGAAGAUUACAAGCUACUACCUAAUAUUGGAAGAAGCGAAAUCCAAUUCAAGUUUUGA